GUUUUUUUUAUGAAAAAUCAGUGUUCCCAGUGUAUUCGGAAACAAACGAUGAAAAUGGAACCGAGAAUAAUUCUCGCAGGUUGUUUUGUGAUCGUAAUGUUAAAUAAUUUUGGGACGGGUAUCAAAGUUUCGUCGAAAAUCGAUUUGGAUUCUGACGAAAAUGAAGAGACAUUAGAUAACUCGACUUUCGUCACAAUUGUUAAUCCAAAGAAAUCUGCUAAUCCGGACUCAAGCUUACGUGCGUCUAAAUCAUCGACAUACGAGUACAUCUUGCGUCAUGGAAACGAGUUCAUAAAAGCAAAUGAGCCGAGAAAAAGAAGGAUUUAUCUAUCACAGGACGAUUCAGCGAAACAGCCAAACAUAAUCAACAACAUUGAAAUUGUUAUAAAUAGUAAUGACAGCACACCGAACGAAAAUCCUUGCGAACAUGGUGUAUGUAACGUGUCCGUUUCCUCGAAAUCGGAUGAAAAAGGAAAUAUCAUCACUGAAGUACAUCUCAGCAUUAUGACGAAAGGCACUAAAGCAAAGCCAAAGAUUGAUGACGUACCAGUAAUUAACGGUUUUCGGGGUGCCAAUGAAGAUUAUAAUAAGCAACCAAGUUUUCAUCCAAUAAAUUCGCCACGUUCAAUGCAUACGCAUUUACAUCGUGACAAUGUUCCACGGAUUCAAACUAAUUAUCAGGGAUACCAGCCCUGGUAUGAACGAACUUUUCAACGACCACAAAUGUAUUGGAAUGAUCAUUUUCGAGAUCAUGGUAACGAUAUGGGAUUUUGGGGUAAAACAUGGCGGCGAGAUAAACCUAUAGUAGAUGAUAAGAUUGCACCGCCGCUUAGCAAGACCAAACCCAACGACAACACAAAAUUAUAAAAUUAUAAGGUAUGAAAUUGUAUAGCGAUGUAACUAUUACUAUUGUAUACGAAAUUAUAUUAAAGCGUGUUACUAAGAACAAUUUAAUUGUCACGUAAUAAAAUUAAAAAAUCAUUAUAAAAGCA